AUGAAGAACAGUCCCAUGUAUCAAGCGGGUGCGAUAGGGUUUACCAUCGCCAAUGGAGUACCAAAAGUGGGCCAAUUACAGAAUGCGGCUUGGACGUUGAGCGAUACUUGCACUUUUAAGAUUAUCAACGUGCAAACGAGUGGAGCUUCGAGUGCCGAUAAGGGGAGAGAUGCCGUGCCGGGCCCUAGCGGGUUAUCGAAUUUAACAAAUAAAAGUUCGUCGAAUAAAGAAAACGCCGAUAGGCUUGAUAUGCCACCGCCACCAUCGCCGGCUUCGAGUACUUGCAGCGAUACCGGAAGUAUUUCAAACAGUCACAAGCGCCAAAAACGCAUGACCGUGUCUGGGAGCGACACCGGUUCGGAGCAAAGAAAAGACGAAGAGGAGUGGCUUCUACGGAAUGUAAUUUUCGUGGAAGAUGUACGAAGUGUUCCAGCAGGUCGCGUUUUGAAAGUGGACGGUGCUUACGCCGCCGUCAGAUUUCCAAGUGGACAUUCCAGAGAUCGUGACGCCAAAGAUGCCGACGAUAUUUUCCAAGAUUGUCGAUUGAUGCGCAAGGACGACCUCCAAGUGAUCAAAUCGUCGUCUAAUUCACGCGUUCCUGACUGUUUUCAAAAAACACCUCGACGUAUCCAAAUUUCCGACAAUAGCAAUCAAAUUCUCACGAUUGCCGUUGAUGGACAAGGCAUACAUGCCAUAGUUCGGAACGGGAGUAAAUUGAGUUAUGUCGUUUACAACGUCAGUAGCGGAAGAAUUGAACAAGAUAAUCCAUUUCCGAGCGACACUGCUUCGUUCAUGGGGCUCUAUCCACAUUUGAUCAACUUGAUUUGUGCUGGAGAAAGUUCUGAAACAAUUUUGGUUUUGCGCGACGGUAACAGCACGAUUUACCCCCUCAGUAAAGAUUGCGCCGAUGCGAUUCGCGACCCACAAUGUCUAGACUUGCCUCCAGUCAAGUGCCUGACAGCUGGUACAUUUGGUUUGACUGGAACCGGCCUCAACAUGAAGAAUCAAGUGGCUAUUGUUGUCUUUGCACUUGAACAACAACUACUCAUGCCGAAAAUACUACGUUGUGAUAUUGAUGGCGUCCGGCAAGUUUUGGCCCAACUAGACAGCGAUUUGAAAGCCAACAUUUCGAAUAUCUUAAACGAACGUUGCGACGGCAAUCGUAACAUUUUCCACGCUGUUGUGAACAUGUGUACGCCGACGUCGAACAAGGAAACUGAAAGCGAUCAGCACAGUUUCGUCCAAGAAGAACCGAUACCGACACACAGUUGGCCACCGGAAAGCUUCGAUGUUACGUCAGGCGAUGAGGAUAGUCUGAUGGGUUUGGGAAGCAGUGCUGCCAAUAAUAAAGGGAGCGGAAACAACAGUAACGCACCGACGAAUCUCGUCGUCGAUCCAGUUGAAAGACGAUCAAACGCGAUGCAAAUCUUACACGCGCUUUUGUAUGAUUCCUCGGCUUUGGAGUCGCAUCUCAUCGAGCUUUUAUGUGCAAAGGAUGCACAAGGUCAAACUCCGUUCAUGUUGGCCGUAUCGUCGCGAAGUUAUCCAGCCGCGUUGGAAAUUUUCGAAAGAAUCAUUAAAUUGGGGACUCCUCAGGAACGCGAAGAGAUGAUCUUUCCGAAAGGUUCAAAUCCGGAUCACUCACCUCUGCAUGUUCUGUGCUGCAACGACACGUGUAGUUUUACCUGGACUGGGGCCGAACACAUCAAUCAAGAUAUUUUUGAAUGUCGCACUUGUGGCCUCACCGGAACGCUUUGCUGCUGUACGGAGUGUGCGCGUGUUUGCCACAAAGGCCACGAUUGCAAGUUAAAAAGGACUUCGCCUACGGCUUACUGCGACUGCUGGGAGAAAUGUAAAUGCAAAGCAUUGAUAAUGGGGAACCAAACGGUCCGUUACGAACUUUUGACACGUUUGGUUAAAGAAACCGAUCUCGUCUGUUUGCCGAAUUCACGCGGCGAAAGUAUCUUGCUGUUUUUGGUCCAAACUGUUGGUCGACAAAAUCAAGAACAGCGACAGUUUCGUCACACCAGGCCCAGGACGGCAUCGGCAAAUUCCCGAAAUAAAACACCUUCUUCAGAUAUUGAGACCGAUAUGCCCGAGCAUGAUUUAGAGCCUCCCAGAUUCAGUCGUCGAGCUUUGGAGUGCCUUUUAGGCGACUGGAAAGCCGUUCAAAGUAUGAUAAUGUCGGGGACUCGAGACGUUUCCGAAACACAAUUCACCGAACAACCUUACGUCUCCAAACAGACCGGAACGGCACUUUUGGAUAAAUUCUCCUUGUGUUUCCUUGUCAAAUGCCAAAUGGUAAUCGACGUACUUCUCGAAACCUUGAUCAGAGAAAUGAAAAAUCCAGAUGCGAAACAAGCCCAAUACGCCACAAUGGUUUCGCGGCGAUUCGUCCGCUCAGUUGUGCGUAUUUUUGUCGUUUUUUCCAUCGAAAUGGCACCGAACUCGACGAAACGACGCAGUUUAAGCAACCAAAACCAACCGUUGACUAAAUGUCGCAAAAUAUUCCAAGCUUUGAGCAAACUAUCGAUUGAGGAGCUGUGUGAGAGCGCUGACGCUAUUAUGGCACCGGUUCGAUUGGGCGUAGCACGACCAACUGCCCCCUUUUCACUUGCAACAUCCGUAAAUGACGUUCUAAACGGAUCGGAAGAAUUAUUCCUAGUUGAUCCUUUAGCACCGUCGAGUUCACGACCUUCUGGGUCUUCAACAAUGCCGCGGUUUCCGUUUUUGGCCGAAGCUGUGCGAAGAGCGGCCGCUAAUGCACGCGAUCUGGCAAACGCUCGCGAUUUAUUGAAUUUGAAUGAUGGUGAAAGUAUGGCGAUUGAUAAUGACGAUGAUAAUGCGUCCGAACAUGAGGAUGUUCCCGCUGAUCGUGAAUUGCCAAUUACUGUUAGACAGUCGUCGACUAAUGAAAAUGAAACGGUCGAAGCUGCUCCGUACCAACAGGAAAGUCGAAUCCAAGGCGAGGAAAGCGAUCCCGAAUUGGAUCUGUUGGCGGAGACGGAGUCGGAUAGUGAUGAUAAUCAUAGUAAUCAGGAUGCUGCAUCUGCACAGAGGUCGGUACAGACGGGAGCAACGGCCGGAUCUGAUACCGGAGGUAUGCUGCUGUUCCCGGAAGACGAAAGCGGCGAGUCAAGCCAACAGGAAGAGGAAGAGAGCGAAGCGGGCGAAACUGACGAACAGGACACUGAAGAUUAUACGUUGACGGAUGAACAGUUGGAGCGAAGAAGAAGCCGUUACAGCAAUACGACCGGUCAUGGACAGAGGAGCAAUUUGGCCCCGCAGAAUAUGCAAUGGGCAAUACGGUCACGUGAAGCAAGCAGAUCGGCUGGUGUUCGAUUGGCCAACGGUUCUAAUUUAGUUUUUAUUGAUCCCAGUACGUUAAGACGAUCUACGACUGGAAGUACGGCGGUCGCUGCAAGCUCGGAACCGGUGGCCAUGUCCACAUCGGCCAGUUCCUUAGCUAGGGCCUUCGGCGCAAUUAUUCGCCAAAUCACGGACUUGUUAUCCUCACUGCCUGACCUGAAUCAAGCCUUGUCGACUGUUGCACACAUGGAAGUGUCACAAGAUGAUAUCUACAACAUACAAAUUUAUCUAGAAUUCCGCCUGAAGCCGACCUGGGAUUGGCUUUUGACAGUGAUGGACGCCACUGAAGCCCAACUGAAAUUCGGUGCAUCUCUAACCAAUUCUCUCGAUCUUUCGAGUCCAGGUCAUCCGCUCAAUACCGGAAUUACGACCGGAGUCUCGGCAAAUAAUUCAAGCAAUCUUCGAUCGAGUGGUCACCGGGGUCAUACCAUUUCCAGUAGUUCUGGUACACGAUUGGUCGGUUUUACCACAAACGUGGAAAGUCGAACUCGACCUGAACGCGAUGGUGUGGACGCUCACGCGGCCCGGAGAGAAUUUCUCUCCUAUUGUUUGUCAUUAAUGAGAGCUCACAACAACGAACAUUUGGAUUCGUUACCGAUUUUGGACGUUUCGGCUUUGAAACACGUUGCUUAUGUUUUCGAUGCUCUGAUUUAUUUUAUGAGGUCGGGAUCAUCUGACCGCAAUGAUACUGACUUGCGACGUGAUGGUUUUUCGCUUCCGUUGUGGAACGAUCAAGACGAGAACGAGAACGAAGAAGCUGAGGAAGACAUAGCCGUGGCAAUGGAAACUGAAAGUUUGGAAGACCAAGAUGUUUCUAAUCUUGCGACGAUUUCGAGUACUUUAAAUUCGUCGAGUUUGCAAGGAGGGUCGGGAAAAGGUCGCAAACAUUCGUUUUUCCAACGAUCGGAAUCCACUUUGUGUCUAGGUUGUCCUCCACCAGAUCCUUUUGAAACGCCAAUGGCUGAAGCACUACCACUGGCCGACCAACCUCAUCUCCUACAACCCAAUGCAAGAAGGGAAGAUUUGUUUGGGAUUCCGAAACAACCAAUCACUUUGGCCUCCACUGGAACCAUUUCAAACAAUCCUCUCGAAUCACUUCCUACGAAAUUGAGUCUUUCGACUCGAACUACCGAUUUUGCGAUGAGUCAACCGGCAAAAGCCAACCACCCAAUUUCCCAAUCGUUAAACGUUAUGGGCCCUAACCCCUUGAUUUACCCCCAAAAUUACAACCCAGAAACAGAAACAAACGCUCGAGAAGUGCACGUCCAGACUGAAACCUACUCCAACGAACCGUCAACAUCCGAUGAAACCAAAAACAAGAACUUGCAAACUUUUGAGAGUCUCCUCGCCGCUGUUAAGAAUGAAAUUGGCGAAAAUAGCAAAGAAAACACUCCGCAUGACUUAUCCUCGCGACAUAAUCAAGAAGUACCGACAUCGAGGCCGCAGAUUAUCGUCUCGCCGAGAAAAAUUUCCGAAGUUUCGAGUCAGGAGCAACAAGAAGGUUUGAAUGGUUCGAGCGAAGCCACACAGGAUUAUAGUAGUGGAUCGACGACUCCAUCCUCCAGAAGUCCAAGCAAGAGUGUGAUAGUUCGAGCGGGAUCGUCAAUGAGUAAUCAGCAAAAAUCGAAUGAUUCGAACGUGAUGAUGUCUGUCGAUUCUCAACAACCGGAAACGUUAGAAAAUCAGGAAAUAUCAGCCAACGUAACUGUCGUAACAACCCCGAGCCUCAAUACUGAUGUUUUACGUCCGACGAUUGGUCAGUCCGUAUCGCACGAUUUACUAUUGGGUCGUUGGAGGCUUUCUCUCGAUCUUUUCGGUCGCGUUUUCAUGGAAGAUGUCGGACUGGAACCGGGCUCUAUCGUUUCCGAAUUAGGUGGAUUCCCAGUGAAAGAAGCUAAAUUUCGACGAGACAUGGAGAAAUUACGAAACAACCAGCAAAAAGACUUGACUCUUUCGAAGAUGGAAAGAGAUCGCACUCAACUUCUCCUGAUGACAUUCAAAGAAUUGAACACUCAGUACAACAACUACAACCGCCGCAAUUCAUCGUCGCCCCCUCUGGCGGUGAAUCGAGUGAAAGUGACGUUCAAGGACGAACCUGGUGAAGGAUCGGGCGUCGCUCGUAGCUUUUAUACGGCGAUAGCCGAAGCGAUUUUAUCCAAUGAGAAGCUCCCGAAUUUGGAGUCGGCUCAAGUCGAUAAUAAGUACACCCAAUACAGCGUUUUGCAGCGACUGCGGCGCGACCGAGACGUGUUGCGCCGAACCGUGCCAAUGAGAGGUUCAAAUCGGUCGCGUGAACACCGUCGAACGAUGAAUGUCGAUGCGAGACCGUUCGUUCCGAGCGAUAAUUUCCAUUCGGAUGCGCCGUCAAUGCCUGAUCUGUCGACAUCAGGGGGGAAUCCCACGGGAAAUCAAAAUCGUAACGAACAACUCUCCGCGCACCAACAACAACUAGGUGACCGUCUAUAUCCCAAAGUGUACAAUUUGCAUCCGAAUUUCGCCGGAAGAAUCACCGGAAUGCUUCUGGAGUUAUCACCAGCUCAAUUGUUGCUUCUUUUAGCGUCCGAAGACUCGCUGAGGGCCAAAGUUGAAGAGGCGGUCGAAAUGAUUCUAGCACACUUACAUUCCCAGCAAGAAUUGACGUCGGAAGCGCUGCUCGAAUUGGAUGUUUUUACGUUGACUGAUCGGAGUUCGAGCUCGCGGAAAGGAUCGGGGCGUUCGAGCGGAGGAAAUGAUAAUUCGGUGGUGGAGGAGAACGUUCAAGAUGAGGAGGAUAAUGCACCGCUGUUUUACUGUCCGGGAAAGAGAGGGUUUUACGCUCCCAGACAGGGGAAAGCGACGUUUGAACGAUUGAAUGCGUUUAGAAACGUAGGGAGAUUGAUCGGAUUGUGUCUACUACAGAACGAACUUUGUCCGAUUUUCUUGACGAGACACGUUUUAAAAUCAAUUUUAGCGAGACCCAUCAAGUUCCAUGAUUUUGCGUUUUUCGACCCGAUUGUCUACGAGUCGUUGAGGCAGUUGGUGGUGGACGCCGAAACGAAAGAUUGUAAUAAUUUGUUCUCAACGCUUGAGCUCAAUUUCACAAUUGAUUUAAGUCCGGAGGAAGGUGGCGGUACAGUCGAACUGAUGCCGGGUGGUAAAGAUAUUGAAGUGACGUCGAGCAACGUCUACGACUACGUUCGGAAGUACGCCAAGUAUCGGAUGAUUAAAGUGCAAGAAAAAGCGAUCGAGAGCAUCCGAACUGGCGUCCUCGAUGUGUUGCCUGAAGGCUCCUUGGACAGUUUAACGGCCGAAGAUCUUCGGCUUUUGUUGAACGGUGUGGGAGAUAUCAAUGUGGCAGUUUUAAUAUCGUAUACGUCGUUCAAUGACGAGUCCGGUGAGAACAGCGAACGUUUAGUCAAGUUCAAGCGGUGGCUGUGGUCAAUUGUUGAAAAGAUGACGCAUCUGGAAAGGCAGGACUUGGUUUAUUUCUGGACGGGUUCUCCGGCACUUCCGGCAAGCGAGGACGGCUUUCAGCCGAUGCCUUCGGUGACGAUAAGACCAGCCGACGACGCACAUUUACCAACAGCAAACACUUGUAUAUCACGUUUAUAUAUUCCACUUUAUAGUAGUCGCGCAGUUCUUAGACAGAAAUUAUUACUUGCCAUCAAAACAAAGAAUUUCGGUUUCGUGUGAUCAUGGGUUGAUUGUUUCGUUUAAUUUUAGUACGAAUUUCAGUUUAAUAAAAUUGUUUUUAUAAGUUGUUUAUAAUUUUGUCAUGAAUAUUGUGAUGAUUUAUAAUUUAUUUCGACUAAGCUAAAGUGAUAAUCUUGUAUAUAAUCUCAUUUUCAUGUUUCAAAUCAUGGACACGACCUAUGCGUAUGUCUAAAAACAAUUCACACUUUUUUCAAGCUCAAAGAUUUCUCUUUUCUUUCGGUAAAUCACUAGUCUUCUUGCUUGUAUGGGUUACUUUUAACUUUUUGCACCCUUUAUUUGUUGUGCCAACCCUGUUCAGGUGCAUUCAUGUUAUUAGUAUUAUUGUAGAUAAUAGUUUUAAGAAUUUUCUUAUUUAUAUCAUUUUUUUGGUUCCGUAAACUUAGUUAUGUUUUAUUAAUAAAGUGUCUCGUCCUUACGUUUUUUUAAUUUCAUAAUUUCAGAUGGCUUCUGUAUUAGUAUCGAAAUAAAAGCAGUUAUGUAUA